AUGCUGAAGCCAGCCCACCUCCUGCUGUUGCUGCUGCUGUUCCCAGGGGCCCCCCGGCCGGGCCUCUGCCAGAAGCUGUACAGAGCCAAGUCCUUCUUCAGCUGUAUCAACCCGGCCCUGUCGGAAGCCAGGAGGAGCUCGCUGGAGGAUGUACCACCGCUGAGCAAGAGAGGCUUCCCCUACCUGCCCAGCCAAGACCCCUCCUCAGGAGAGGACGAGGAGAAGGAGGAGGAAGAAGGCAAGAAGAAGAGGACCUUCCCAGGCUCCGGGGGCAGCAGUGGAGCGGGAAGCGCCCGGUACAAAUACCUCCCCCCAGCUCAGCUCAAGGGCAGGCCGCACCAGGAAAAGGCCAAGAGUGACCGGCACACCAAGUUCACGCUGUCCCUUGAUGUCCCCACAAAUAUCAUGAACAUCCUCUUCAACAUCGCCAAGGCCAAGAACCUGCAGGCCAAGGCAGCUGCCAACGCACUCCUGAUGGCACAGAUUGGGCGUAAGAAGUAGAAGCAGAGACCAGCAGGAGGGCGGCA